CACGCACACACCACACGCCGACGGGCGAUCGGCCACCGACGUCGCCGGCCAUUUGGUGUUGAGACGCGGCGCCGUGGACACGUCUACGAGACACAGUCAUGGCCCAGUGGACUGUGCACGCGUUUUUGGCGGCCGCGUACUGUUGUUGCUGCCUGGUGGCCGCCCUUCCGUCUCCGCAAUCGGCGGCCGGCAUGACCGUCGGGUUAGCCGCCGCGAACACUUCCGCCGGCGGCGUAGCCGUUCCGUCGCCUUCGUCCGCCGCCCGGAACAAGCGGUGGUCCACGACGUUUGGAGCCAACUCGAGCAACAAGAACGUGACAGCUAAUAACGCAGUUCAGGAAUGUACUACAGACUCUGAUUGUUUAGAUACGCCAUUUACAUCUUGUGCGCUUGAUCCAAGUGACAAGAAAAGAAAAUGUUUGUGCGCAGAUGGAAAACUGCCAUUGAAUGGCGAUUGCUUAAAAAAACCAAGAGGACCGCUUUUUGUUCCAGCAUUAAAAACAUCAUGUGAAACAGACUUGGAGUGUUUGCCGAAUGCCAUAUGUAAAAAUAACGCUACAUCAACGAAUCCAAGAUUGAAAAUAUGCGCGUGUAAAGACGGAUUUAUCGAGGAAAAGGAGUCUUGCAACUAUGCUGAUUUAUUAACUUUCAAUUACACAACCUUGUUGAUCGCAGUUUUCACUUCAUGGAUUUGGAAUGAUCAUCGUGCAUAAUCAAUAAUCAUAGUAGACUUUUUCAAAACAAUAUUUCUUCUAUACUUACACAUUAUUAAUUAUUUAUUUACUAUAAUAUUUUAUGUUAUAUUUCACUAAAUUGAUGCACAAAUUAAAAAUAAUAUUGUAAGGUCCUGUUAUAUUAUUACCUUACAAAAUGUUUGCCUAAUUUUAGUCGAAUUAAUAUUUCAAUUUAUUAUAUAAUAUAGGUAUGUAUCCUAUACUAAUAUUUUAUCAUUUUUUUAUUACACAUUAUUUAAGAUUG